CCAUAUGAGAAACAUAACACAUGACAAGUUUUUACUUGGAAACAAUCAACUUCAAAGUUCAAACUUCAAAUCUUUUUUCGCUCUCUGAUUUUUCAUAAAGGAUAAGUUUAAAGCAGCAAAAAUGACAGACGAAAAGUUUGAUGGUAUGUUGUUGACAAUGGCACAACAACACGAAGGAGGUGUGCAAGACCUUCUGGAGACGAUAUUCAGUUUUUUAGCAAGAAAAACAGAUUUCUACACGGGUGGCGAAGAUAACGCGGCUGAAAAGCUUGUUAUGAAAGUAUUCAAAAAACACCAAAAGACAGCUCUAGAGAUCUCGAGUGCAAAAAAAGCUGAACGUGCAGAACAGGAAAGAAAGAGGAAAGAAAGACUAGAGAAAAAGAGAAAAGAAGAGGAAGCAGCAUUUGAAGUGAAAAAUGAUGAUUCCAAAAUAGUAGAGUUAACAGAUGAACAAGCUGAUAAAUUACAAAAAGAACUAGAUUCUAAGAAAUCCCAAAAAGAAAAAGUUGUUGCUGCCCCUGUCGCUAAAGACAGUGAUAAAAAAGAAACUAAAGAAGACGACGAUGCAGAGGAGGAUGAGGAAGAAAAGAAUAAAUUAGUACCUAAUAGCGGUAAUGGUGCUGACUUACCAAAUUAUAAAUGGACACAAACCUUGCAAGAACUCGAGCUCCGAAUUCCGUUGAACGUGUCGUUCGCGGUGCGGCCGCGAGAUCUCGAGGUGACGAUAAAAAAGAAGCACCUGCGCUGCGGCGUCAAGGGCCAGCCGCCGAUCGUCGACGGUGAUUUUCCAUACGAGGUGAAGCUCGAGGAAUCGGCCUGGGUGAUCGAGGACGGCCGCCAGCUCGUGGUCACGCUCGAGAAGGUCAACAAGAUGCAGUGGUGGCCGCACGUCGUCACCACCGACCCGGAGAUCAGCACCAAGAAGAUCAAUCCGGAGCCCAGCAAGCUGUCGGAUCUCGACGGCGAGACCAGGGGCCUCGUCGAGAAGAUGAUGUACGACCAGAGGCAGAAGGAGCUGGGCCUGCCCACGAGCGACGAGCAGAAGAAGCAGGACGUUAUUCAAAAGUUCAUGCAGCAGCAUCCAGAGAUGGAUUUCUCCAAAUGCAAAUUCAACUGAAUCACCGACGACGACGACGACCGCAUGCAACUCUGCAAGAGCAGCACAGCGCAGCGCGCCCAAUGCAAACGACUGAGAUUUUUGUUUACUCCGCAACGAAAGCCAGGCAGCUCUCAAUUCCAACGUUCGACGUCGUUGUUUCUUUUCUUUUUUUUUGUGUUCGUUUGUAUACGUGUGCCGGCGUUGUGUAUACCCUUGUAUUCAUUCUACAAAGGUUACAACUGUGUGGAAAGACUUGUUAUAAUUAAGUGAAAUAAGUGAAAUAACAAAUACAUGGCAAAUCUUAUAUACAUA